ACGUAUGACGUCAGCGCGUCGUCCGGCCCAAUGUUUACAUCGUGGAGCGGUGUCCCUGAUCCCGACGAAAAUUUAAAGAACAAUACUGACGACUAACCAAACCGAUCGGCAUCACCAUAAGGCGAGAUGGGCGGAGCAGUCAGCGCCGGAGAGGACAAUGACGAGUUGAUUGACAACCUGAAGGAGGCCUACUACAUCCGCUCGUGCCUGGUGGAGCGGGCCUUCCGAGCCAUUGACCGCGCCGACUACUACCUGGAUGAGUACCGGGAGAACGCAUACAAGGAUCUAGCGUGGCGGCACGGGAACAUCCACCUGUCGGCUCCAUGCAUCUACUCGGAGGUGAUGGAGGCCCUGGAUCUGUACCCUGGGCUCUCCUUCCUCAACUUGGGCAGUGGGACGGGCUACCUCAGCACCAUGGUGGGCCUGAUACUGGGGCCAUUCGGGGUCAACCACGGGGUGGAGCUCCACGCUGACGUGAUCGAGUACGCCUACCAGAAGCUGGACAACUUCAUCAAAACCAGCGACAGCUUCGACAAGUUUGAGUUCUGCGAGCCGUGCUUCGUGGCGGGGAACUGCCUGGAGAUCCCCCCCCACAGCCGUCAGUACGACCGGGUGUACUGCGGGGCGGGGGUGCAGAAGGAGUACGAGAGCUACAUGAAGAACGUGCUCAAGGUGGGGGGGGUCCUGGUGCUGCCUCUGGAGGAGAAGCUGACCAAGAUCACCCGGACCGGCCCCAACAGCUGGGAGACCAAGAAGAUCAUCUCGGUGUCCUUCGCUCCUCUGGUCCUUCCCAAAUACAACAACAACGGCAAGCCCAAGGCCGUGCCCUUACCCGUGCUGGAGGUCCGCUCCCUGCAGGAGCUGGCUCGCAUCUCCAUCCGCCACGCCCUCCGCGUGACCCGGGACGGGGCGGGGGGCGGCGGGGGGCCGGCGCGCGGCCGCGGCUCCUCCUUCAGCGUGGGCCGGGGCCUGGCGGUGGCCGGGCUCCACAAGUACGGGCCCCGCUUCAAGCGGCGCCGCGUCCACCGCCGCCACAGCAACAGCCUGGCGCCCGGCGGGCGGGCGGCGGCGCAGUCGGGCUCCGCCCCCCCCGACGGCAACAACAACAACGCCCACCACCGCCGAGCCAGGGAGCGGGGGGCCACGGAGGAGGAGGACGACGACGACGACCGGGAGGCCCGGCGGCGCCGGAGGGGGGGCCGCAGGGUGCUGAGGGGCACGCCGGGGGAACCCGAGGCGGCCGAGGAGCCGGCGGAGGACGGCGACGAGCCGAGGGCCCGGGGGGAGACCCUACGGGCCGAGCCCGCCGUCAACGUGCUGCGGGAAAGGAUUCUGGGGCUGCCCCUGCCCGAGCCGCUCAAGAUGUAUCUGCUGUACUACCGGGAGAAGUGAGGCCAGGCGCUCAGGGCACGCACACAGCUAGGGCUCCACUCAGAGGGGGGGGGGGGGGGGGCUGAGUGAUCCCACCCUCUCCCACUGCAACCUGAACCAGGCAGGACUCUCUGAGCUGCUCUGAGUCGCUCCAAACACUCUUCCUCUGCAUACGACCCUGGUGGAUCGGCCGUCUUCUCCCAUUCAUCGCCACCUUGUUCAAGUGCUUCUUCAUCUCAGUGGCCCCCCCCCCCCCCCCCCCCCAGAGACUCUUUCAGCCGAUGCUAGGUGGUACCCAAGCUUGCUAUGCAUGAAGUAAGAGAACAUUUCUGACGAUCAUUUCAUUUCAGAAAUCCGAGAAAGAUUUCUAAGUCGUAGCUUUUUUUUUAAGAACAGCGCCAGAAACCCAACGUAUGAAUAAAGCACAUUCAGUCAUUCUCCUCACAGGGAGUAACUCUCGGUGUUCCACAAAGGUGUCUGAUCUGCUAUGUAAUGCAUCGAUGCAUGGCAUGUACACCAUACCCAACGUUAACUACGAGCAGAUCAAUGGGGGUCCACAGGUCAUGUGAGGGGAGCUCAGGGCUGCUUGCUACGGUCAGGUUGUUACAGGUUGGGCCUCCUGCUUCCUGACCAUGGCUGAGGGGGGAGAGAUGGGACCAAGAAGCCAAAUUGAUUUGGCCUCUGACCCUGAUGUGUUUCUAUCAGAAUGCCGGGGUUCAGGAGUGUUUGAGAGAAGAACAAAGCAUCUUAGUUUCGGUCUUGUGAGCAACUUGUUGAAGAAGAACUCGAUUGCCAUGACAGGGGACGAGUCCAAGACUGAGUAAUUCUUCUCCGUAAUACAAGACUUGAAUCCAGAAGCGAUUUUUGUUAAGAUUAUGUAUGGUUUUAGGGAUGGAAAUCUAAAUAGAUCACACCUCAACUGUUUAAGAGAAUUAGUCAACAGAGCAUUGUUCGUAGUGGUGUCGUGUCCCUCUGAAUGAAAUGAACAUUUUUACGGCAUCUGUUUGAUUUUGAGUUUUAUUUUGACGCAACUGGAUUCUCUAGAGAACUGAAUCAAUGCAUUUAUUUCCUUUUCACAAGUUGAAGGAUGUGUCUGUGUGUAUCAGGAGGAAAUUGACUUUCGUAAUGACAUCAAUGUCAUAUUUCCUCUGUACAACCAAACAGGGAACCACUCUAAAAUGAACCAUGUUUUUUUUCCUAUAUUCCAUCUUACAUCCCACAGCAAGAAAUAAUUAUUACCAGGCAAAAUAGUUUUUAUGCAUCCAUUUUUAAUUUACUUUUAAGGAUUGCUAUUGCUUUUUUGGUUCUUUUUAUAUUACUUCAUGGCAUGAUAUUGUGUUCAGUUUCACGUUUUCUCACCAAUGAAAUCAAUAACCACAGAUUUAUUUUUAUAUGUGGUACAUCAUUUUCAUCCCUUUCCAGUUGGAUGGGCAUUCUUUUUGCACUGUAGUUUGGAAACUGGUACCUUUGAUGCCAAAUCUCUUUUCAUUGGACUAUGGACUCUCAAUAAGUGGCUUCUGAGUUAUUUUGAGUUAUUUUGAAGUAACGAGACCAAUUAAGUUCUCUGUCAUUAUUUCAGUUAAUCUUAUUCAUCAUUUUAAAUAAAUCAAUUGUAUUUUGAAGUGAUUGUUUCAGGAAUUUUCUUUUUAUGCUAGCUUACCAGCCUUUUGCUGUACAAACGUUCAGCCCAGUGAGUUAAUUCUUCUUUAAAAAAAAAAAGUGUUUUUCAUCUCUAUUAGUAGCAGUUCAUAUUCAUAUUGAGUACAUACAACUGGAAUAAACAUAAGGGAAAAUAGAAUCCCUUACAAGUCAGUGUGAUAUUUCAUGAAUCCUUUAUUUCUCUGAAAAUGCUGAUUAACAUGUGGCGUUUGCCUCGUCUAUAGAUACUGUAUGUACAACCAUUCCUGUAAUUUCCUAAAAAGAUCAUUGUUCAUUUCAUUUCUCUAUUCUCCUUUCGACUCUCUACUGAAUGUCAAGAUUUUGCUUCACGUCUAAGUCAAGUGAGUUGUAUCACCCAUGUGUUAAUAAACUCCAUAUAUACCAA